AUGGAUGUGUUAAACAGUUGGCGUCAGUCCAUUUCGUUCGUCCUCGUAUUCUCGUUCGUGGAUGCCGAUGGGUUCGCCGGAUUCGAUGCGUUUCGAGUGGCGGCGGACACGGGCCUCGUCGUGGGGAGUUACGGCGCGCUCUGCCGGCUCGGGACCGGCGCCACCUUCGUCCGGAAGGGCAUCCACCAGCCGGAAGACAAGAAGCUUCGGAUCUCUCGCAGCACACUAAUAGCAUCGUACGACGACCUGCUGCUGGCUCUGGUGGAGGGUCGCCAGAUGACGAUCGCGGCGAUCGCGACCGACUGCGUGCAUCCCCUGCCGCCGGAGGUCAUCGUCGCCGAGGGUGGAUCCACUUACUACCAGUACUACGUCGUUCCAGACGGAACGGGGCUCGCCGUGGAAUGGCCGGGCCUGUCGCUCAGCGAGGUCGAGGGUCAGACGGUGUUCGCGGCGACCAGGGCGGUCAUCCGGCCGGACGGAUCCGCGGGCGUGUUCGCCAAUGCGUUCAACGCUCUGACGGGGGAGGACGAAUUUCCUCAUCCAGGGGGAUUCCAGUGUGUCCUUGGGGAAUCGGUCAAGUUCUUCUAUGCGUCGGGCGAUGCGAUCGAGGCGUUCGAGACGCACGAUCAAGUGGAUUCCGCCUUCAUGGAUGGGAAGGAAGUCCGGCUCGACGUCUAUGGCGAUUUGUGCGAAGGGGCAAAGCCCCUUUUCUUAUCUGCUGGGGCUGAGGUGUUGGCUUGGGUUCGGGAGGAGGCUGGGGAUUCGCCGGGGAUCCACUUCUCGCAAUCCAUCGCAGAUCUCGCCGGAGACAUCGUGGUGCAAGACUUCCGCCUGGGCCCUGAGGGCAUGCUGCACGCAACGAUCGCGGUUUUCGACCCGGUCGACCCCGGAGACGUCCCAGAUGUGUCUGCGUUCAAUUGCACCUUGGGCGAUGCUGCCAAGUUUUCGGCUCCUGACUACGAUCGGGCGGAGCUGACGGAUUUCGCGUCGGUGUUGGCGGCGCAACUGAGCGGGGCGAAACUGUUGGCGGAAAUGGAUUUGAGCGAAUGCGUGGACCCGACGGGGCAAGUUGACCUUUCCGGGGUCACGGUGGGGGCGUACUUACGAGACCUCGUCGUUCUCGGUCCCGGGACUCCAGAGGCGAGAAUUUUCCUAUCGGCAUUUGCCGUGCACAGUGACCCCAUCGGCGGCCUGGUCUACGAGACAUUCUCGGCGACCGUCGACGAAAACGGCAAUGCCCUCGUCUACCCAGGCCUCUGGCGGUUCGGCGAAAACGGCGAAUGGGGCGACGACUUCCGCGAAACCGUCUUGGAAUGCGCCCUCGGCGAGGGGGUGAGGAUCUUCGAGGCCUUGAUACCGGAAUGAAUUCAGACCG